UCCUUCAGACGUUAUCUUGUAUAUAUAAAAGAUGUGGUGCAAAUGAAGCCAUUCUUCAAACUUGAGUUUCUUCACCAAUCACCAUGACAUCUUUCAUUUCUAAUUUCUCUCCCCUUGGUACCGUUUGUUGUUCUUCAUCUCCCUCAAAGCAGCCGAGAGAAGACUGGAGGAAACGCUCCAAGCCCAUUCCUCCCGGUGGCACUUAUCCUGCCAAAGAUCAUUGCAGUCGAUGCGGGCUCUGUGAUACUUACUACAUUGCCCAUGUGAAGAAUGCCUGUGCUUUCUUGGGAGACGGCAUGUCUAAAAUUGAAGCGUUGGAACCCGUUGUUCAUGGUAGAGGGAGAAAAAUAGAUUCCUUAGAUGAGACUUACUUAGGUGUAUACGAUCAAGUUCUGUAUGCACGUAAAACUAAUCCAAUUCAAGGUGCCCAGUGGACUGGGAUAGUUACAACUAUCGCAAUGGAGAUGCUCAGAACAGGCAUGGUUGAGGCCGUAGUUUGUGUACAGAGUGAUCCAGAUGACAGACUUAGCCCAAGGCCUGUUUUAGCGAGGACCCCAGAAGAAGUUCUGGCUGCUAAAGGUGUCAAGCCAACAUUAUCUCCUAAUCUCAAUACCCUUGCCUUAGUGGAGGCUGCAGGUGUAAAGCGUCUACUCUUUUGUGGAGUGGGUUGCCAAGUGCAAGCACUAAGAUCUGUGGAGCACCAUUUGAAUUUGGAAAAGCUUUAUGUCUUGGGCACCAAUUGUGUGGACAAUGGAACUCGAGAAGGGCUAGAUAAGUUUCUAAAGGCUGCAAGUAAUGAACCAGAAACAGUUCUUCAUUAUGAGUUUAUGCAGGAUUACAAGGUCCACUUGAAGCACUUAGAUGGCCACAUUGAAGAGGUUCCUUAUUUCUGUCUACCAGCAAAUGAUUUAGUUGAUGUUAUUGCUCCUUCUUGCUAUAGCUGUUUCGACUACACAAAUGCUUUAGCGGAUCUGGUAGUUGGAUACAUGGGUGUUCCAAAAUAUCCAGGAGUCAGCAUGACACAACAUCCACAGUAUGUCACUGUUAGAAAUGAACGUGGAAAGGAAAUGCUGAGUUUGGUAGAAAACCUUUUGGAGAUUAUUCCAACAACCAGUAGUGGUAACCGACGCCCAUUUGUUAUGGAGACUGUUAAGGCAGAUGAUAAUGCUAAGAUGGGGAAGGGACCUUCUCAACCUGCCCCAAAAUUUGUUGGAAAUUUGAUAGCUUUUUUACUAAACCUGAUUGGUCCAAAAGGAUUGGAAUUUGCCCGUUAUUCACUUGAUUAUCAUACCAUCCGGAACUAUUUGCAUGUAAACCGCACUUGGGGAAAACAAAGAGCUGACCAGCACAUGCCUUCAUAUGCGAAGAAACUUGUGGAGAUGUAUAACCAGGAUGGCCAAAUAGAUGAGAUGCUUUCCACCAAGUGACUGAAUGGUUAGAAGGUGCAAUAUCCUGGGCAACACAGCGUCAAGGUACUUCCAACGAAGUGAAAUUUUGGUACUGUAUGUAUAUGUUCAUUUUAUUAGAAGACUAUGCUCAAAAUUGGUGAUAAUUUUCGCUCAUUUCCUGCCUUUGACUUUUAUAGAUUUGCUUUAGCACAUUGUUUUGUAUUAAAAUAUUUUCAUUGCAAAGACAUUUGAACCUCUGGAUUGUGUCAUUAAACUGUGAGACAAGAAAUGGUUAUUUGUUUUUGAAAUUA